AUGACGUCAGCAGGUACGGGAACAGCGGGAACAUCAGGAACAGCCAGCACAGCAUCGGAGGCAGGUACGGCAGGCAUGGCAGGUAGCAGAGGUAGUCCAGGAGACGGGGCAGCAGCCAGCGACAUCCUGGGUGCUGGUGGCAGGUCCAGGGGCGAGCUCUUUGGGCAGCGGAAGUCGAAGCGAGGCAGCACGGUAAAUCCGGGCAGCGGCGGCACGCCCCUCCUCGUUACGGUGGCAAUCUGCCCCUGCACAGCAGCUGAAGGAGUCACAGACACCAUGUGCGGAGAAAACACCAGGUGA